AAAACAUUGUGAUUUUUGUGUCUCUCUUUUUGUGAUGAAGGAUCUUCACGGCUAUGGAGUGAAAUCAGACAUCUACAGUCUGGGAAUCGUGGCGUGUGAGCUGGUCAGUGGCAGAGUGCCGUUCCAGGACAUGCCGCCCACUCUGAUGCUGCUUCAGAAGCUGCGGGGUUCUCACUGCUGUCUCCUCGACGUCCCUCCUUAUCCUCUCGGAGACAUGUGUGCGCUCAAGGUGUCCCGCUCCGGUGUGGAUUCGGGGAUCGGUGAGAGUGUUGCGACCGGAAGUCUGACUCGUACUGCCCCAGCGGAGAGACCUCAAAGCCCCGCCCCCAAAAACCACUCGGCCACACUGCACAACCUGGUCCAACUGUGCCUGCAGCAGCAGCCUGAGCGCAG